AUGUAUUACUCAGCUCCCGCCAUCGCCAUCAUCGCUCUUGCUGCCAACGUCCACGCUCAUGGAGUCAUCCUCGCAGCUGUGGGCGACAAGGGCCAGAGUCAGGGCUUCUUGGUCGACCAGAACUUGGCCCGUAAUUGCACAACCAUCUCGCCUUGCCAGCAAGACUCCACCAUUAUUCGCAACUCUGAGAUCACGCAGAACAUUGUGAACUCGUGCGGACGCACGGAGAUCAAUGGCAACAUCGAUGUCGGCGAGCAGACAGAGAACGAGCUGGCUGCCAACCGUGUCACUGCCGUCUCGUCAGGCACCGUCAUGACCGUCACUAUCCACCAGGUCAACGCUGACGGUGCCGGGCCGUACGAGUGCGACCUCGACGAGACUAGCAAUGCUGCUACCAAGUUUGUGCCUUUGAAGGUUGCAAACAACGUCCCUGGUGCGAAUGGACUCUCCCAGGCCAAGGAGCAGGACUUCACCAUCAGCGUCGCUAUGCCCGACAACUUCAACUGCAUCGGCGCCUCGACCGGCAACAUCUGCACCGUGCGCUGCCGCAACGCAGCCGUAGCCGGCCCCUUCGGCGGCUGCUUCGCCGUGCAGCAGACCGACGGCCAGGGCCGCAAAGACUCGACCGCAGCAGGUGUCGACACAGCACAAACCCUCCAAGGCAUCUCCAACCAGAUCCUGCAGAACCAGCAGGAUCUGCCCGUCGCCAUCGCGGCGAACCAGGCUGCUGGUGCCGCCGGUGGCAACGAGGGUGCCAGCGCCAUCUCAGCGCUCAUCUCGGCCACGGCUGCGCCUGCGGUUGCUACUCAGACCGCCGCUGCGGGUAAUGGUAAUGCGCAGAACGGUCAGCAGAAUGGUCAGCAGAAUCAGGGUCAGCAGAACCAAGGACAGCAGGGUCAGGGCCAGAAUGCAGGCAAUGCCAAUGGCGGCAACCGCGGUGGAAACCGAGGCAACGCUGCUGGUGGUAACGCCGCUGGUGGAAACGCCGCUGGUGGUAAUGCUGCCGCUGGUGGCAACGCCGCUGCAGGUGGUAACAACGCCGCUGCUGGAGGCAACAAUGCUGCUGCGGGAGGCAAC